GUUCGCACAGCAUUCGAGUUACGAGUUCAGUCCAGAGAACUCGUGAAAACCUUCUGUUUAGCAACAACAAACGACCCACCGGUUAUUAUCUCCCAAUCAAAAUUGCCCCGAGAGAUUUUCAACACCUGGGAAAAUCCGAGGAGGCAGUAAUUUUUUAACAAUAAAGAUUAAAAAAUGGAUAUGGUCGAGGACUCGGAAGUGGUUCAGGAAGCAGACAGCACGUUGCCUCUGCGAGCAGCUCUAUCCCACAUUUUCGGAAAGAUCGGAGAUUCUGUGAGUCAGGAGCAGUUUGCAGAGUGCCAGAAUUUCUUGAGAUUGCAGCUCCCAGAGUCAAAGUUCACGUCGACAGUUCACAAACUCCAUGGGAAAAUCCGACAGGACCUCCAGGAGAUGAUGAACAAGGAGUUGGAUGAGAUGAUGGCUGAGGAGAGUCUCACCAGUGGUUUAAAUAAAAUCAAACAAUUACUCAUGGAAACUCCGUACAGUCCUGGGGAAAUUGUCUGGAGACCACCUGGGGACGUCGCCCUCCACGUCAGAUCUUUCGACGUAUGCAAAAUCCAGGAAGAAAUCGACAGAUUGACGCCACUAGUCGACGAUUUAGAGAAUGAAAAUAAUAAUCUCGUGAAAAGUCUGUUGAAAAAACGACAGAAGAGGCAGAUUCUUGCUAAUAAAAUUGCGAAAUCAACGAAAAUUGGAACGAAUUAUAUAGCAAAGCAGGAGAAAUCGAAGGAGCGCAUCCAAAAAUAUGUUAAUGAAUAUGACGAGCAGAUUGAUACUGAAUAAUCCAUCAAUCCCCAAAUAUUCGUGUACAGUACUGAUGUAAAUAUUAUUUUUAUAAAGUCUGAUGACUCAUGUGAUACUCUAA